AUGGCUUCGACACAGGGAAUACGCAUCGCAAUUGAUCGGGGAGGCACUUUCACAGAUGCUUGGGCCAGGCUCCCGGGAACGGACCGAGAGCUCGUGCUCAAGGUCCUCUCCCAGAGCCCCGAUGAGUAUGACGAUGCGCCUACAGAGUGCAUUCGCCAGAUUCUAGAGAUUGCCACCAAUACACAGAUUCCUCGAGGAACACCUUUGGAUCUCAGCCCGGUCGAGUUCAUUCGCAUGGGUACGACGGUUGCGACCAAUGCUCUCCUGGAACGCAAAGGCGAGCGCUGUGCUCUUGUCAUCACUAAGGGCUUCCGAGACAUUCUUGAGAUUGGAAACCAAGCAAGACCGCACAUCUUCGAUCUCUCAGUGCGUCGGAUGAGCAAGCUGUAUGACAGAGUUGUCGAGGUUGAUGAGCGCGUCACAAUUGAGGGAUUUGCCGAAGACCCGGAGCUUAAACCCAUCGAUGUGGACUCUGAGCCUUGUCUUACCACGGGGCUGGCCGGUGAAGCAGUCCGGAUCAUCAAGGUCCCAGACUACGACAAAGUUCGCGCCGACUUGAAGGUGCUAUGGGAGGAGGGAUACCGAAGUCUGGCCAUCGCCAUGAUGCACUCCUACACCUUCCAGGACCACGAACUGGGCAUUGCCAAGGUCGCACGCGAGAUUGGCUUCAGGGUUGCCGUCUCGUCGGAUCUUCAGAAAAUGGCAAAGAUCGUGCCCCGAAGUCAGUCAGCUGUUGCCGACGCCUACCUGUCCCCCAUCACAGACGAAUACCUUGAAAACUUCCGAAAAGGAUUCAAAGGCCAGCUUCGAGACAGCCAUGCUAGCAAACUAUUUCUCAACCAGUCAGAUGGCGGUCUGACGGCAUUUGAUAACUUCACAGGCCUCAGGGGUGUAUUAAGUGGCCCUGCAGGCGGUGUGAUUGGCCUUUCCAAGACUUGCUAUGACGAGAAGGAUGCUACACCUGUUCUCGGAUUUGAUAUGGGUGGCACCAGCACCGAUGUUGCACGUUAUGCCGGAUCUCUGGAGCACAUCUUCGAGAGCACCAUCGCUGAAGUCACGAUCCAGACUCCACAGCUUGACAUUAAUACUGUUGCUGCAGGCGGUGGAUCGAUUCUGACAUGGGAAAACGGACUGUUCAAGGUCGGACCGGGAAGCGCUGGCGCAAACCCAGGACCUGCUUGCUAUGGCCGUGGCGGUCCGCUGACAGUAACGGAUGCCAACUUCUUCCUGGGUCGUAUCAUUCCAGACUUCUUCCCACGACCUCUUGACCUGGACAUUGUGAAGAAGAAAUUCUCCGAAAUCACUGAAUCGAUCAACAGCACUAAGGAGGGAGGCGCCAAGUUCACAGAGGAAGAGGUUGCCAUGGGCUUCCUUUUGAUUGCCAACACCACGAUGACACGGCCAAUUCGAACACUCAGUGAAGGCAGGGGAUUUGAGACAGCGGCACAUAAUCUAGGCUGCUUUGGAGGAGCUGGUGGUCAACACGCCGUUGCGGUAGCAAGAGAUCUAGGAAUCCGUCAUGUUGUUAUUCCUCGGUACUCAAGCAUCCUGUCUGCUUACGGCAUGGCUCUCGCUGAUGUCGUCGUGGAAAACCAAGAGCCAGAAACUCUGACUUUCUCUUCGGCAGCUGUACCGAAACUGCAAACAAGGUUUGAGAGACUUUCUGCAAAGGGAUCCCAGGGGUUAUAUGCACAGGGAUUCAACGACGAUCAAAUCAGACACGAGUAUUUCCUCAACAUGAGAUACCAAGGCAGUGAUACUGCCCUUAUGAUCCAGCAUCCCGGAGAUCUUGCUCUAUUCAACAAAGCAUUCGUCGACCGUCACCAUCAAGAGUUCGGUUUUACGCAACCGCGCGAGAUUAUCGUUGAUGAUGUGAGAGUACGAAGCGUCGGAAAGGGGGCAGAUCUCAAACUGAGCAGCCCUUUUGAAGAAUUUCGAAGGUUGCAGACUUCGCCCCCGGUCACACCUACAAAGCCCGACUCCGUAAGAAAGGUGUACUUUGAAGGGCAGGGCUGGACCGAGACGAGCCUGUAUUUCCUAGACGACAUUCCUAGGGGAGCUCGCGUGAAGGGACCUGCAAUGAUCGUUGACAAGACACAGACUGUCGUUAUUGAUCCGUCCAGCGCUGCCUUCGUACUGCCCGAGCACCUUUUCCUCGAGAUUUUGGACGUCAACAAGCCUGAAAUAUCCACAGAUUCUGUCGACCCCGUUCAGCUCAGUAUCUUUGGCCACCGUUUUAUGAGCGUGGCAGAGCAGAUGGGUCAAACCAUGCAGAAAACCUCCAUUUCGGUCAAUAUCAAGGAGCGACUGGAUUUUUCUUGCGCUGUAUUUUCUGCCGACGGUGGGCUGGUCGCCAAUGCGCCCCAUAUCCCAGGCCACUUGGGUUCGAUGAGCUACGCCAUCGCCUACCAGGCCAAGCUCUAUGGUCCUGGAGAGCUGAAGCCGGGCGACGUGCUUUUAAGUAAUCACCCGUGCGCCGGAGGGACUCACUUGCCAGAUCUGACAGUGACUACUCCUGUUUUCGACGAUGAGAAGAAUCCCACAAAGAUCCUCUUCUUCGUUGCUAACAGAGGGCACCACGCGGACAUUGGCGGCAUCCAACCUGGAUCUAUGCCGCCACACUCUACGGAAUUAUGGCAGGAAGGCGUUGCCGUUGAAACAUUCAAAAUUGUCAAGGAGGGGCAGUUUGACGAAGAAGGCCUUCAUAGAAUUCUCGUCGACAUCCCCGGCUCAUACCCUGGCUGCAGUGGAACAAGAACAUUAAGAGACAACAUCGCCGAUCUCAAGGCUGCUAUUGCGGCCAACAACCGCGGCAUCCAACUCAUCAGUGCCCUCGUCAAGGGUUACACGUGGCCGGUGAUCCAGUUUUACAUGCAAGCUAUCCAAGAUAACGCUGCGCAGUCAGUACGGCAGCUGCUCAAGGUCUUUUCUAAGAGAUUCGAAGGCCAGGAUUUGCAAGCCGAGGACUUUCUUGACGACGGCACUCCUCUAUGUCUCAGUAUCAAUAUCGACAGUGAGACUGGCGACGCGGUCUUCGAUUUCGAAGGAACCGGCCACGAGCAUUUUGGCAAUCUGAACUGCCCGCCCGCGGUGAUGUUCUCAGGUAUCAUGUACUGCUUGCGUUCCAUGAUCUCAACCGAGAUCCCCCUCAAUCAGGGAUGUCUGGCGCCGAUCAAGCUCAAGCUCCCUGCCGACUCAAUCCUCUCGCCCUCCCUCAAGGCAGCGACUGUGGGGUCCAACGUCGAGACGUCGCAGAGGAUAGUGGACCUCAUUUUCAAAGCAUUCCAGGCGUGCGCUGCCUCCCAGGGGACGUGCAACAACUUGACAUUCGGAUACGGUGGCACGGAUCCAGUCACGGGCAAGGUAACCAAGGGUUUCGGAUACUACGAGACCAUUGCAGGUGGUUCCGGGGCGGGUGCUGACUGGGAGGGCGAGAGUGGUGUGCACACUCAUGUUACGAAUACGAGGAUAUCAGAUCCUGAGAUCUUCGAGCGGCGAUACCCGGUGAUACUUCACGAGUUCUCCAUUCGCCAUGGUAGUGGCGGCCUGGGUAUGAAUCGCGGUGGUGAUGGCUGUGUGCGUGAUAUCGAGUUCCGGAUGCCGAUGCAGGUAUCCAUCCUGUCGGAGCGUCGUGUUAUUGCGCCGUAUGGCAUGGCAGGAGGCGAUGAAGGCAAGAGAGGACUGAACUUGUGGAUUCGCCGUGAUCCUGAGGACGGUACGACCAGAACUAUUAGUUUAGGCGGCAAAGCGACUACGAUGAUGAACGCUGGAGAUAGGAUUGUUGUCCUGACGCCUGGUGGUGGCGGAUAUGGUCCCAACCCAGACAAGAAGGUGAAGAAGGAGGUGGUUGGAGCAUUCAAGAUUGGAGAGAAGUUUGCCAAUGCCCAGCUUCUUGCUCGGACCAAUGGAAGUGUGGCCCAGAGAAAUGCCACAGCAACUGAGGGAUAG